AUGGCCCCUAUGGAACUGGGAAACGAGGACCAAUCAACCCCCGAUCCCAAAACAACAAUCAGAGACCCAGCCACACCAGCCCCAGGCCUAGUUGAAACACCCAACAACACCAUGACCGACUUUAAUGUCCACCCACUCCCAGAGGGCUUCGACCACCAGAUCCUAGGCCUCAACAGCAUGCACCUCCACCUAAAUGUCUUGAAAGGAGCCAUCGACGCAUGGGAAGACACCAUAAACUGUGCCAUAAUCAUAAUCCCAAUCUUCAUGGCAUUCUCCAGGGCCAAAAUGGGUGAAGCCAAAGACUAUGCCACCACCUUCAUCAGCUGUGCCUUCCUGGCAUCAGCAAACACUCUCUGCACUAUCCCAGUGGCCAAUGAAAUAGAGGAAUGCAGUGAUGACCCCCUCCCAUGGGGCAUAAUGAUUGAAGGUCUGACCUACCAAGAUGCUGCGAUACUGUCAGGGACUCGUCCGGGGUCAAGGGGGCCCGGGUGUAGCGUCUGGGGCUGA